CAAGGACCCCAUCGCAAUCUUCGUCGCCGGAAUAUAAGGAACUUCCUCCUCUUGUCUUCUUCUUCUUCUUCUUCUUCGUGAUGAGCUUUACUUUGCUUCGUCGAUAUACGCAAUUCUUUCGACAAUGACCUUUGGUGGGAUCAAUCUCGUCAUCGCCAUCUACCACACCCCUUCACCAUGACACCAUCAUGAAUGCUUCCCCUCCUUCACCAUGAGACCGCACGGCCGACACAAAGCGGCCAGCCGGGGUGGGGCCGGGGCUCCUGAUUGCGCAACUGGCACUCUAUGCUAAAUCCAGACAAGAUAACCCUGGUCGCCGUCUCGCCCGAGAGGGUGCCUUGGUUGCAGGUCAGUCGCCGGUCAACCAGAACUGCCACGGUCAGGAAUGCCCGCCCGUCCAUUGUCAUUCGUCAACCUUGCGGCCGAUUCCUGGUCUCUCCCGCCUUCUCUCCGCCAAACAUCCAAUUUCCAACCGGCGAUUGAAUUUCUGUCGCCGAAGAUAACGCCGGUCAUGCGUUUACAUCCCCGGCUCCAUCUUGAGACUCCCUUAAAUUCAGGCUCCUCUCUUCCAUGCUCUCCGCUUUCUCCUCUCGCCAGUUUUUUCCGUUUGCCAACUGUCAUUUUGGGUCGUUGUAUACUUAAUUUCUCGAAUUCGACCAAUCCAUUCUCUACCGAUCGUCCGUUCUUCUACCACUCUACGAAUCAGAUCGCGAAAAUGAGUGCACCACAGAGAUGUGCUGCGGUCGUGGUAGGAUCCGGUCCCGCGGGUCUCGCGGUCAUGGGGAAUCUGUUGGAGAGACAGCUCAGCGGGAAGAUUGCCUGGAUCGAUCCCUCGUUCCAAGGAGGUCGCGUAAAUCGGAAGUAUCGUGAAGUUCCUAGCAACACCAAAGUUGGGCUCUUCCAGGCAUAUGCCACCGCCGUCCAGCCCUUCCGUUCCGUCAUCGACAGCACCCCCGCCCCCAACCCCUUCACCACCAUGGCCAAACUUGACCAGGAGAAAACCUGCCAUCUGCACCACGCGGCCGACAUGAUGCGCGCCCUCACGGACGGGGUCGUCAAGAUGGAGCAGGUGUACGCCUGCCGAGGCAUGGUCACAGCCGCCAACCAGGCCGCAAACACCGGUUCCUGGACGGUACGCAUCCACCGCUCAGACUCCCAGGAUGACGUCGAGAUUAUCACGCCCCAGCUCAUCCUGUGCACGGGAUCCUCCCCGACCUUCUUGCCCAUGCCCGAAACGGCAUCCCCCCUGCAGAGGCUGGACCUCGACAUGGCAUUGAAGCCAAGUGACCUGGCGGCUUUCCUCCCUCGGGACAUGCCGCUGACGAUCGGCGUGGUGGGGGCCUCCCACAGCGCCAUUCUGGUGCUGCUCAACCUGGUGGACCUGGCGCGCAGCUCGCACCCGCAGCUGCGCGUGAAGUGGUUCACGCGGCACGGGAUGCGGUACGCCGAGUACAAGGACGGGUGGAUCCUGCGCGACAACACGGGACUCAAGGGUCUCGCGGCGGACUUCGCACGUACGCAGCUGGAAGACGCCAUGCUGCCCACCUCCGAAGCCGGCCAAUUCAUCACUAAGAUCGACUGCAGCGGCGGGCAAGAAACCGCGCAGUACCAGAAGCACCUGCCGUCGUGCUCGUACCUGGUGCAAGCCGUGGGGUACACGCGGGACCCGCUGCCGGAGCUGACGGUCGACGGUGCCGAGCUGACGCCGGAGUUCGACCACGAGUCGGGCAACUUCAAGAAUGCCCAGGGCCACCUCAUCCCGGGCUUGCACGGCGCGGGCGUCGCGUUCCCGGAGCGGGUGGUCGACCCUUAUGGGAACGUGGAGUAUGCGGUGGGAUUUUUCAAGUUUAUGAAGUUCCUGCGCCGGGUGUGUCCGCAGUGGACGUCGUAAUUUCUUUCCUACCUUUUUUUUUUUUCGGGUUUUCCUGGGUUUUGGCGUUGCAUCGCGGAUAUAGGAUCCGCUGUCAUGAUGGUAUGACUGGUAUUAUUAUACUUCCUCUGGUUAGGAACUGUGAUUAUUAAUACUGAACUAUUUUACACUGGA